CACGGUAUAGAGAGAAGUGGGCUCCUUUUACCGAGUGCACGCGCUUACGAUGGAGCAGUGAAUGUUUACCGGGCCGAGCGUGAGCGCGCGCUUUCCGCGCAAGUUCUCUUCUCCGCAAGACUUUUGUCUUUUGUGCUUUUUUUCACUGUUUUGUCUCACCUCCUCCCUCCUCUAUAGGCGUUGCGCACAUGUUUGUGCGUGUGUACUUGUGUUAGUGUCAGCUUCGAGGAAUUCUAGUAUAUAGAAGACUUAGUUUCCACGGCAAUUAGCUCGCUUCAAAGCUUCGUCGUCGCUGUCGUCGACGUCGAUCUUCGAGAUAGUAAAACCGAGUUUAAAAGUGCACGAAGCAAGAUGGACGCCGAAACAGGGGCCAUCCUGGCCCUGCAAAUCCUGGCGUUAUGCUCGAUCGUAGCAGCCUUGUUGGUCUAUCUGAUGCGUCAAUCACACAACGCCAACGAGGAGUUCGAGAUGCGCAGCAAACGUCACGUCCUCGUCACCAGCUGCGACACCUGUAUUGGCCUUCAACUCGCCCUUGCUCUAUCCGAAGCUGGCUAUAAGGUAUUUGCCGGACUACUGGAUCCGUCGGGAAACUCACAUGCAACGAGGAUCUUGCGUGCAAUGGAACAGCAGAGAACAAGGCCCAAAGAGCUAUCGGCAGACGAAGAACUAGAAACGCGUCACAACCCUGGUCAGAUUGUGCCAGUAGAGCUUGAUUCGACUCGCGAAGAUAGUUUGCGCGAUUGUCUUGAUGCAGUUAGAGCUAAACUGCCAGCUGGCGAAGAUGGAUUAUGGGCAGUGGUGCACACCGGUGGGUUAGCUCUUCCUGGUGUCAUCGAAAGGCAAGCAAGUGCAGCUUGGGAGUCCAUGUUACGUCAUAACUUAGUGGCACCUUUGCGAGCUGCUCGAGUAUUUAUUCCGCUUUUAAGGGCGAAGCGAGGUCGCAUAAUCUUACUGGGAGACUCAGAUAUCAGUUUUGGCGCUAAGGCUGGCGCGGGCUUGGUCGCCUUUAGCGCAUCGCGCAAGGCCGUCGAGGGUGCAGCUGAAGCUCUUAGGGCUGAGCUACUUGCAUCUGGCGUUGACGUUGUUUUACUCAAACCACCGCCAAUCAAUCCUCUUGCUCUUUAUUCAGCGCCUGUGCUCAAAACAUCUGACGUGGAGACAGGUGUGACGUCGGCGGAAGGAACUUGGGUUGCACCCUUGUCAGCUUUGGCAGUCAAGUCUUCUCUGAUACCUGCGCUUACAUCCACCUGCCCGUACAAAUCCUAUAAUAUGGACAAAAAGUCACGAAUUUUUUGUCAAUAAAGCUGAUUACAAAGAAGAACUAUUCUCUUUUAACGCCAUGUAUUAUUGAAUAUAGUGAUCGCGUGAUAAUUAUAUGUAACUGUUUGUAACAUAUGUAAUUAUGUAUAAAAUACUUUUUUACCUAAUAUUCAUUAAUAUUUUUGUUGGUUUAACUGUUGUAUAAUAUAAAUAAUACUAAUA